GAAAGUAGCAGUCUUACAAGUGUCUUACUUAGCGAGUGAAAGUGUGCAGCUGAAAAAAUAAACUUUCCGUAUGACAAAACGCUGGGCGUUCAAAAAAUAAUAGCGCUCUCGAAGGUUAUAUUCUCCUUUGUUUGAAUAACCUAAGAUAUGUUGAUAUCGAUUUGUCCCAGAAACGGUGAAUAGUUUGAUUGUACGCUUAUGUCAUUAGCAACCAAAAGGCCGUCACAGCAGCCUUUGGGAAAGAAGAAAGGUGAUGGCACUGGGAGAACGGUGAAACAUGAACUUACAGAGGACCAAAAGCAGGAAAUUCGAGAAGCAUUUGACCUUUUUGACACUGAUAAAUCAGGGACGAUAGAUAUCAAAGAGUUGAAAGUCGCUAUGCGUGCACUCGGUUUUGAACCAAAGAAAGAAGAAGUAAGAAAGCUUUUGUCUGAAUUUGAGUGUGAUAAUAAAGACUCGAUUGAAUUUUCAGAUUUUUUGAAAAUGAUGUCUUUGAAAAUGCAAGACAAAGAUGCAAAAGAAGAAAUGCUAAAGGCCUUCAGACUUUUCGAUGAUGAUGAAACCGGUAAAAUAUCUUUCAAGAACCUUAAGCGCGUAGCGAAAGAAUUAGGUGAGAAUCUCACGGAUGAAGAAUUACAGGAAAUGAUUGAUGAAGCUGAUCGUGAUGGUGAUGGUGAAGUCAACGAGCAAGAAUUUCUUCGGAUUAUGAAAAAAACAAGUCUAUAUUAAGCUCACUUUCUACUGCUGUACAUAUACGGUUAUUUCCAUAAUAUAUUUUUAUUAAACCACUUGCUAUUAUCCCUGCUUGUGGUCCGAAAUACAAUAUUAGGAUGAACUGGAUAAGACUCCUUGGCUUUUUGUUCCAUUUCACAUAGACGUUCUAUGGAUGAGUAGGCGUGAUAGUUAAUCAUUACUAAUCACUUCCCACCGCGUAACUG